AUGGAGCGGCGGCGCUACUGCGCACCCUACGUGGGCUGCGCCUUCCGCGUCGUCUUCACCUCUCACGAGGAGCUCGACGCCUUUCUCCUCCACGCCAAACGGGUCUUCAUCCGUGCCGGCAACCUCUCAGAGCCGCGCUGGGGCGUCAAGCGCAGCCUCUUCCGUGCCUCGCACCUCGAUGCGAUCCAGUCUCUCUGCGCGCGCCUCAGCAUCCCACUGGCAUUCCAGGUCGAGCGGCUCUUCCUCAACGCCCUCCUCUUCCCCCCGGACGUCCACGAUCUCGAGUACUUCGUGUCUCGUUCCAUCAGGGACCGCGGUGAGGCGGCAACUGCGGUCCUCGUGAUGAACCUGGCCGUGUCGAUCCAGAGGACCCGGGCCAUGCACGGCACGAGGGAAGCCGAGACCCACCUAGACCUCCGCGAGCUGUGGGCUCGCGAGGCGAAGCGGCUCUCCCACGCCAAAUCGACGGCCGAAGACCCGCUGUCGGUCGGCCUGGGCGCCACCUUUGAGGUGUACAACGCCACCGUGACGCCGACGCGCGUCAUCUUGGCCGGGCCGGUCGUCGACACAUCGAAUAGAGUAUUGCGAGCGUACCCCGAGCACGCCCACCACUUCCUCCGCGUCUCGUUCGCCGACGAGGACUUCGAUCGCUUCCCCGUCGGCCGCCGCGACCUUCGCGAGGUUGAUGCAGAAUCCUUUGUGCACGAGCGCAUCGGGGGCAUCCUCAAGGACGGCAUCACCGUCGCGGGGCGCAAGUGGGAUAUGCUGGCGUGGUCUGGGUCUUCGCUGCGGACGCACCAGUGUUGGUUCUCUACCCCCUUUGUCGACGACCAAGGCAGGCGUUGGACUGCAGACCUGAUCCGACAGGGGCUCGGCGCCUUCUCCGAGGUCGAGAGGUUCCCUGCUCGCUUCGGAGCGCGUCUGUCGCAGGCCUUCAGCGCCACCGCCCCAACCAUCCGCCUGCGCGACGAGUGGGUCGAGGUCGUCGACGACAUCCGGUCGCCGACUGGCAACCUCUUCACCGACGGCGUCGGGCAGAUCUCGCCCAAGCUCAUGCAGGCCGUCUGGCUCGAGUACUGCCGGGUCAAGAUGAUGAUCAACGAGCGGCGCCGCGAGGUCCUGGCGGCCAAGGUGCCUUCGGCCAUCCAGGUCCGCAUCGGCGGUGCCAAGGGCGUCCUGUGCGUCAACCCGCUGCUCACGGGGAUGAAGGUCAAGCUGCGCCCCUCGAUGAUCAAGUUCUCGGCGCCCAAGCACACUGAGGUCGAGGUGGCCACCUCGUCGCUGCACCCUCUCCCGACGCGGCUGAACCGCCCUCUGAUCAACGCCCUCGAGGAUCUCGGCGUGGGCUUUGCCAACUUCCUGGUGCUGCAGAGGCUGGCCGUCGAGGAGGUCAACCAGGCGCGGCUCUCGUUCAAGGCGGCCUCGGAGCUGUGCAAGCGGUACGGGUUCGGCACAGCCUUCGGUUCCCUCGCCGUCUUUGAAAAGCUCCAGACCCUGCUCGGCCUGGCGCCGCAGCAGCUCGACGCGACGGGCAUCCUCAACCGCCUCAUUGGCACCUCGAUCUCGGCGGCGCUCGGCGAUCUCAAGCGCAAGGCGCGCAUCCCCACGCUCGGCCCGACGCUGAUCGGCGUGGCCGAUGAGUUUGGCUUUCUCAGGAAGGACCAGAUCUUUGCCCAGGUCGAGGAAAAGGACGGCCGCACCCGGGUCAUCGAGGGCAUGAUCCUGAUCGGACGCUCGCCGACCAUCCACCCGGGCGACACUCGCAUGGUGCGUGCCGUGGCGCCGCCCAAGGACCAUCCGCUGAUGCAGCUGAGGAACGUCGUCGUCUUUAGCUGCGAGGCCCAUGGCAGGUCGCUGCCGUCGAUGCUCGGAGGCGGCGAUCUCGACGGCGACAUCUACAGCCUGUACGAGGAGCCGCUGCUCUUCAUCAACCGCAACUUUGCGCCGGGCACCUACAAGCAGCCCAAGAACAAGCAGCUCAACCGCACCUGCAAGCCGGCGGACCUGGCCGACUUCUUCACCGACUUUGUCAUCAACGACCAGAUCGGCGUCGUGUCGCAUCUCCACCUGCACAUUUCGGACCGCAGCGACGAGCACUCGCUCGACCCGGACUGCGUCAAGCUGGCCAGCCUGCACGCGCAGGCCGUCGACUUUUGCAAGACGGGACAGGCGGUGCACCGCAGGGACAUGCCCUACCUGCCCUUCCGGAGCAACCGGCCCGACUACCUCGCGCAGAACGACCACGCCCCGGACGUGUACAAGAGCAAGCGCGCCCUCGGCCGACUCUACCGCGACAUUGCCUGGACCGACACCGACAUGCCUCUGGGCCCGGCGCAGAUCUGGCUCAGCGGCGACGGCGACGGCGACGGCGACCAGGCAGCGCCGUCGGCGACGUCGGACAUUGUCGCUAUCCUCGAUGCGGUCGGGGCGCGCUUUCCGUACGCCAGGCCGACGUCGCAGCAGGCCGAGCGGGCGAUCCAGGAGCGAUGCACGCCGCUGCUGCGCUCCUUCACCUACCACCUUAGCCGGAUCGCGGCGUGGGUGCCCGAGAGCCGGCACACGGCCGAGUGGCUGCGCGAGGAGGAAAUCAUCCUGGGCUCGCCCGUCAUGGCGACGACGUCGAAGCUCAAGCGGUGGCAGGAGAAGCUGCAGUCGGCCACGUCGGAGCUCGUGCCCAUCCUGCGGCACCAGCUCGGCGUCAUUGUGACGGGCGGCGAUCCGCUCGCCAUCCGCCGCGCGGGCAGGACGGACCUCGAUGCGCAGCUGCAGCACCGCAACUUUGGCACGGGCCGCGGCGAGACGUACGACGAGACGUGCCGCGCUGCCCUCGAACGGGCCGAGGCGGCGCCGCAGCACGAGACGGUCGUCGAGCGCACGGGCCUCGUCGUCGAUGUAGAUGUCGAGGUGGAUGGCGAGCGCGGUCGGACGGCGCUGGACCGGCUGGGCGUCGAGGGCGAACUGGUCCCUUCGUUUGCCGGCAUCUCGCUGUCAGAGGCGAAAAAGGGCAGCGGCGGCGGCGGCGGCGCCCUGACCCACGAGAAUAUCGACCACGAUGACGACGACGACGAGUUGGAAGAGAUCCGCGGUCUCUUCGCCGCCUGCCUGCUGGGGGCGCACGACGUCAUCUCGCGGUCGUUUGGUGGCAGUACCUUCGCGCUCGUCGCGCUCGGGUCGCUCCUCAACCUCAUCGAGGCGAGGGAAAAGAGGCUGGCUACCCGGCCCGUCCCUCUGCGCUGA